GGUUGGUCUGUGAGACGUGUUUUUGGCCGGUCGCAUGAUAAGCUAGUGUAGUUUUAUUGUUGAUUACGUUUUCGCAACACAUUUUGCCCAAUCCUCAGCUAAUCAGUGUUCUCGCAAUCGUUUAAAUUGUGCCUGCGCGGAAAUUUGCAUUUCCAGACCCACAACACCAGUGAUUGCACAGCGUCGGAGAAAGACCCGGUCCCAGUUCGUUCGCUCGCCCUAGCUGUUUGGCUGAAUAGUAAUGGAAAAGGAAUUUCCUGCACUGAAAAAUGAUAAUCUACUCCGUGCGGCCCGAGGCGAGGCCGUCGAUCGAGUCCCGGUGUGGGUGAUGCGCCAGGCCGGCCGUUACCUUCCAGAGUUCCAGGAGGUCCGUGCUAAGCAUGACUUUUUCACCGUCUGUCGUACACCGGAGCUGGCCUGUGAAGUCACAAUGCAACCCCUCCGGAGGUUCGAUCUCGACGCAUCGAUCAUAUUCUCGGAUAUCCUCGUGAUUCCACAAGCACUCGGAAUAACGGUCGAAAUGAAGCCGGGAGUGGGUCCCGUCUUACCCGAGCCGCUAGUUGGUCCGGCGGACCUGGAGCGGCUCAAUCAGACCGGCUCGAUCGAGCGACUCAAGUACGUAGGUGAAGCGAUUACCAUGAUGCGACAUAUGCUCGAUGGGAAGGUGCCGCUUUUCGGAUUCACCGGUGCCCCGUGGACCCUGAUGGGUUACAUGAUCGAAGGCGGUGGAAGUAAAACCAUGUCGAAGGCUAAGGCUUGGUUGGCAGAUCAUCCCGAAGCGAGCCAGAAGCUGCUGGACAUUCUAACCGAUCAGGUCGUGGACUAUCUCGUCAUGCAGGUGAAAGCCGGCGCGCAGAUGCUGCAAGUGUUCGAAUCGAGCGCGGAUCACCUCAGCAAGGAACAGUUUCUUUCCGUGUCGCUACCAUGUUUGAAACGCAUCCGGGAUGAUCUGCUUCGCAAGCUGGCAGAGCAGAAAGUCCCAGCCGUUCCAAUGGUGCUCUUUGCCAAGGGAGCGAUGCACUCGCUGGCCGAACAGGCACAAACCGGCUAUGAAGUCCUUGGCCUGGAUUGGACCAUCGACCCGGAAGAGGCACGAAAGCAGGUUGGACCGAAUGUGACGCUGCAGGGAAACCUGGACCCGCAAGAUAUGUACAAAACCCCGGAGGAACUGCGCGAACUCGUACUGACGAUGGUGCGAAAGUUUGGCAAACAUCGCUACAUAGCCAACUUGGGCCACGGUAUUACCCCACAAACGCCGAUCGAAAGUAUGACCGUUCUUGUGCAAGCAGUGCAUGACGCACUGUGAGACAGGUGAAUGUUUUAGCCACAGAACACACCGGGUGGAGGUUGGUGAUAACAUAACCGCGGGUCGAGUUUGGCAAUCGUGACCCUACCCAAAGCGAUAGACAGAUACUGUCAAACCUGUUAAAGCUGUUACAACAAGCAAUCGACGAUGUUUAGCAUUUCAUCUACAAAUAAGCUUUUCAUUGAAACCGACACCCUUGAUAUGAAAAACUUUCAAUCAAAUAAAUUGAGAAAUACACAAUUUGAUUGAAAAUACAUUCCAUAAUUUGGAGCAUAGAAGUGUAGAA